AAUACUUACAUAGUUUAUGAAUUUAAUCAGUCAGCAUUAUUUGCAAUUUAUUUAACUAAAAAUUAUUUGCCUGACAUUGAGAAGACGUAAGAGAAGUAAUACUUAUCCAUAGAUAAAUAAUUUAACUUGGAAUGUUUGCUUACGUUCUACUCUCUAUAUUUAUGUUCAAUUUAAUAACAGAAAUUAAUGCCGAUAUUCCGUGCCCUUUAUGUGAAGAAAUAAUAUUUUUCGGUGCAGAACAUGCUUCUGUUCCUCCAACAUUUUUCUUUCUCUACACAAGAAAAAAUCUAUAUUAUCCAGAAAAUAUAACAUUCGUAAACUGUUCUAAAAAUAGUAAUUAUGAUCCUAAUAAAAAAACUGUUAUUUUAUUAGAUGGAUAUAACGGUAGUCCCAAUAGUGAACAUAUUAUUUUCUUAAAACAGGCUUACCUUAAGUAUGAAGAUUGCAAUGUAAUUGUAAUAGACUGGAGUAUAGCAUCUUCAGCUUUAAUAUUCCCGACUGCCAUAAGAAAUACUCUUAUAAUAGGAAAGUACAUUGCAGAACAGUUUGAAAUUUGGAAGAAAACUUGCAAAGAAAUCCAGUUUGAAAAAUUCCAUGUAAUUGGAUUUAGUCUUGGAGGUCAGACAGUAGGAUUUAUUGGAAAGUAUUUGAAAACGGGAAAAAUUGGAAGAAUUACUGGGUUGGAUAUCGCAGGUUUCUGCUUUGCAAGUUUUUCAUCAAAAUAUAAGCUUCAUUAUACAGAUGCAAAAUUCGUAGACGUUAUUUCUGUUUCAAGUGCUACACAGUUGAUUAUUGAACAACCAACUGGACAUAUACACUUUAAACCAGAUGGAGGGAAAAUUGGUAAAGGGUGCGCGGAAGAGAUUCUUGAUUUAAAUUUUGACACGUUGUUUCGAUGCACUCAUAUGCGAACAGUUUACCUGUUUACUUCUACUUUUUAUUCUGAAUGCUUACCUGUGGGUUAUCAGUGCAAAGAUAUGAAAACUUUUACUAGAGGAGAAUGUUACAAAUGUGGAGAAGACGGAAAACAAUGUGCAGCUUUAGGAAUUCAAGCAGAAAAAUAUAGCAAUAAAAUAAUAAAUGGAACAAUAACCAUGUAUUUGGCUACAACUUUCACUGAUAACUAUUGCUUGUAUCAAUAUCACGUAGAAGUUACUUUGGCUUCCAAGCAAAACAGCUCAACAGAAGCUGGAAAAUUAAUAUUAAUCAUAAAUAACAGUACAGUUAAUCAAGUAUUGAACAGCGAUUUGUACAUUCAAGAUGCUACAGAUAUAUUUAAUCCUAGUAAAACGUAUAGUUAUUUAAUGAUAACUACUCAUAAAAUCGAUCCUAUAACAAAUUUAGAAUUUUUUUGGUACACUACAAGACCGCAAAUUGAUAAUAAGCUUUAUGUAAAAUGCAUAAAAAUCGUUCCUAUGAAUAACUUGGGAAUGAAUCGUUCGAAAUUAACAUAUUAUGGUACUACAAAUGGAAAAGCAAUCUACCCUCAAGAAACUGUACCUAUCUACUCGAAAACUAUCUGUUAAUAAGAUAGUUUCCUUAUUUUUUAAGACAUUAUUAUUAGGAUUUUUUAAUUAAUUUUUUAAAAUAUCUUGCUAAAUUAUUUAUAUAUAAUUAAAUAAGUUUAUUUUAAGGAUAUUUAAAUGUUCUUUUAAUGUAAAGCAUUGUCUACACUUCAGUAUAAAAAUUAUAGGAACAUUUCUUGAAAUUCGUCUAUUAUAAAGACAAGGAAAAUAUUUUUAGUAUUGGCUAAUACAUUUUAAAAGUUAGUCGUAUUUAUUAUUAUUAUUAUUAUUAUGAAAGUG